UUUUCAUUGCCAGUCUAAACAUACCAGUCCAGAAUGUCAGGGGCAGGCUCUAGUGGCACAGGUAGAGGCCGGGGUUCAACGUCAGUCCCAGAGACUAAGAGCGAGAGCAAGGAAGUCAAACCGAAUCCAAAAAUGUCCAAGGCACUUAGUACGUCUGCUAAAAGGAUACAAAAGGAACUGGCAGAGAUUACUCUAGACCCACCACCAAAUUGCAGUGCUGGACCUAAAGGUGAUAACCUGUAUGAGUGGGUGUCCACCAUUUUGGGACCACCAGGAUCUGUUUAUGAAGGAGGUGUUUUCUUCCUAGAUAUACACUUUUCACCGGAGUACCCAUUUAAACCACCCAAAGUGACGUUCCGCACGAGGAUAUAUCACUGUAACAUCAACAGUCAGGGGGUGAUAUGUCUGGACAUUCUCAAGGACAACUGGUCACCAGCCCUCACUAUCUCUAAGGUCCUGUUGUCCAUCUGCUCUCUGCUCACUGACUGCAAUCCAGCCGAUCCUUUGGUGGGAAGCAUAGCAACACAAUACCUACAGAACCGAGAAGAGCAUGAUCGCAUCGCUCGGCUUUGGACAAAACGUUAUGCAACGUGAUUCCCCAUUCCCCUGGCUAGUGGACUGAUCUGCGGAAAUCUUUGGAAUUCUCUCAAAAAAUUGUUUAGACCAUUUAACUUCCUCUUUUUAAUAGUCUUGGAACUAUUUUAAGUUAGAUUAUAAAUGCACCGCACCACUGAGUUGGUAAAAAUUUCACUGUCGAUUAUUGUAAUUAAUUUAUAUUAAAGUUCUCUUGUGCAUUUAGAUUAUUUAUUUAUUGUAGUUGGCUCGGUGGGUUCAGUAUCUAUAACUCUGUUACUACUAGAACUAUCUGUGAAGGUCUCCGAUCUGUAACAAUAAUGUUAAACUAUUCCUGUUAAACAGGUUUUUAUUCUCUUUACAAUGACUAAGUAAACACGUUUGAGUGCAGGUAUCAUAAUAUAAAAUCACUGUAAUUUGAUUGGUAUUUUUUUAAUAACAAGUACCUAUAACAAUUUUGCCAAAGAAAAUAUGUAUUAAAUCACCGAUAUAAAGUGACAAAUUAUCAAUCCCACUAUUACUUAUUAAAAGUUUUCUUUUAAAAAUGUAAUAUUGUUGAAGAUCCACUGCCUAGCUUAUUCUUUCCUAUAUUAAACUACUAUAGUCUUAAGUUAUUUCACAUGACUGACAUAAAAUAAGAAUUUGAUGGUGUAAAAGUAAUUCUGACUGUGAUAAUAGAGAAAAAAGUUUUUCAAUGAUGUACUAAAAAGUAUAAUUUUAAUUAUUGUUACUCCAAAUUAUGACUCAUAAGAAAUGCCAUAAAAAACAUUUUUGUUAUUAAAAGUGCAAAAACAAAUGGCAUAAUUUAUGUAUUGUAAUUAGCAUGGUCUCUUCUGAGAAUUAAGUUUAAGUUGGAUAAAAAUAUAUCUUCAAUUAAACUUUUCCCGCCAAAUACUCAAAAUAGAGCUCAAUAUUCAAAGGCUCGUAAAUGUUUUCAUUUUCAGAUUUCCACAUAAAUGUACUAUGAGUGCAAAACUACUCUCAGUCACACAGCAGUAGAUGAACCUGAUGGGGUUAAAUUUCUUAACGGUAUUUUAUUAUAGUUUUGUUUAGUUAUAUUUUUAGUUGGCCUGUGAUACAUACACAACAAAUGUAGAUGUUAAUGGUUCAAGGAUUUCCUCGAUCAUGAAGCUGAUUCUAUGAAUUAACAGUAAGACAGAAGACAUGAACCUAAAGCAGCUGAUCAUUACGUAGUGUCACUCUGCUAAUAAUAGUCGUGCUGUUCUUGUAAAUAUUGUCCAAUUCGUAUUUUCUUGAUGGUGCGAAAUAGUUUUAAACUUUAUUCUAUUUACUUCGGGGUGGACGAGAUCACAAACGAAAGUAUUUUCAAUUUUAAAUCUGGAACUGUACUAUCUGAAUUUACGGGUCUACAAUGUUAUAUAUUAGAAACAACUAUAUCUAGAACCUUGCUCUAGUCUGGGAAUUUGAAUGUUUGAUUGUUAAUUACCAGUGGGCUUUGGUUGGUAGGUUAUGAUUAAUUAUGGAUUAAUUACUAAGCGUUUGUAAUAUUUUCUAAGCGUAGUCUCGCCCAUCCCUAUUACUGAUAAGUUAAGCUGUAGUCCUAGAGUUUGAUUCUUUCAAAGACUGUCCAUGUGCGGUGUUCCUGUAGUGGCUAAGCUGGUUAGUGUCUGUUGGUAACCCUGCUUACUAAUUUGACCUGUAUCCUAUUUACACGAUGAAAAUUACUAUAAAUGCAUAAAUAGUUGUGUUUAUAAAAGCACGAAGCAAUAAAAGUAGUUCCUGUAUAUUACUGGGCGUUUUGUUACAUUUUAACUGUUCUGUAAUUAAAAACUUUCAGACUUAUCCUGAAAAAUAUAUAUAUUAUUCAAAUUAUUUUUUUAAUUACAAUAUAAAAUAUAAUUUUAUGAUGCAUAAAAUUAAGAAUUCUUGUGUUCCAAGGAGCUUAUUGUUAAAGUGUGAUUUAUACAAUUUUUCUAAUUUUUAUUUUUAAAUGCGGUCAUAUUAGUAGGCAGUCAACCCUUUGCUUAGUUCGCCAAUCUGCCUUGAGCGCAUGGUAUAUUAACAAUAAUAAACGAGAAAAUUUAGUAAAUCCAUAUCAGUUUGUUUUAUAAGUAUCAAGCCAUGAUUCAAUUCAGGUAACGGUAAUGUAUAUUGAAACUGUAAUGAACUAAUUUGAAAAUAUAAAUGUGUGUUUUUGUAA